GCAAACUGUAAGGCGACGUUUGCAGGAGGCUCAAGAGAUGGAGUAAUCACCUGUCAGCCAGGGGACUCGGAAGAAAAGCAAAUGGAAUCUCUUGCACAAUUGGAACUGUGUCAGAGAUUAUAUAAGCUGCACUUCCAGCUGCUGUUGCUUUUUCAGUCCUACUGUAAGCUCAUCGGCCAAGUGCACGAAGUUAGCUCCAUGCCAGAGCUGCUGAAUAUGUCCAGGGAAUUGAGUGAUCUAAAGAAACACCUAAAGGAAGCCACAGCGGCCAUUGCAGCGGACCCUGUCUACGCAGAGGGCGCCUGGUCUGAGCCGACCUUCACCUCCACUGAAGCAGCCAUCCAGUCCAUGCUGGAGUGCCUGAAGAACAAUGAACUUGGCAAAGCUCUGCGGCAAAUCAGGGAAUGCAGAAGUCUGUGGCCCAAUGACAUCUUUGGAAGCAGUUCUGAUGAUGAGGUCCAGACAUUACUGAAUAUUUAUUUCCGUCACCAAACUCUGGGACAGACGGGUACUUACGCGCUGGUGGGGUCUAACCAGAGCCUGACUGAAAUCUGCACCAAGCUGAUGGAGCUGAACAUGGAGAUUCGGGACAUGAUCCGCCGGGCGCAGAGUUACCGGGUACUCGCUGCUUUUCUUCCAGACUCCAGUGUCUCCGGCACUAGUCUCUGACAGGAGCCUCCCACCCGCCCUGGGCUCCAGGCUGGCGGUGCUGCCAUGCUGGGGCGAAGUCAUUCAGUGUCUUCUCAGCCUUCAAAAGGCUUGGACAGACUGUUCUCCCUCUUGUUACCUGUAGGGCUUUUUCUCAAGAGGAUGGCAGAACUUCCCACAUGCAGCAAUACUAUAAGAACCGAGGUAGCUGGGAACCUCCGGGGACAGACUCCACCCGUCAUGCUGUGUGGCACCAACGUGUGACUGAGCAUAUGCAACUCACUACUGAAGAAGUGACUUUCAUUGCAUACCAAAGCCGACGACACUGAACAACUACCUUCCUUUCUAGAAACGAUUUUAGAUUGGCAAAAGUGCAAUGUUUUCUUUGCUAAAAAAAAAUUUAUAUUCUAAAACUUGUACAUUCUUCCCUUUUUUCCUUCUACAGAAUCUUGUUCUUUUUCUUUUUUUGGUGGGCUGAGAAAGAGGCAGGCAGAAUGAAGCUGGCCACUGAGAACUGUAAGACGGUCCAAAGCUGACAGCCUGUGUCUGCAAAAAGGGAAUUGUAAAUGGACUCCAAUUUAAUGUACACUGUAAUUUGAGUACAAUUACUGUAACUAAAAGGAGCUGCUACGAAUUACCUUUCUUAUGUUGCUAGGCUACUGUUUCCGAAGGCCCUGGGUCUCUUUGCACCAAAAGUGGUCCGGGUAGAUGCUUUUUAAGGAUCUUGGCUGCUUUUUACUAGAAGGUUGCUUUUAUGAGUAUAUUUAUACUACAGAAGGAUGAGUGUUCAUUUUAAUUAAUUUUGCCAUUUUGUAGAGAAAGAUUAUUCACGAUAUAAAUUCCAAGUAUUUUCACCUGUUGCGCAUGCAUCUUUUAAUAUCCAUUUGGAUAGCCAGAAGUAGAAUCAUAAAGGUAAAACAUGAGUUGUUGCUUUGUUUCUUAAGAAAUGUCAUAUUUUAUUUGUAAUAUAUAUGCAAAGGGCCAUCCCUAAGUUCUCUCCUUAAACCUAAUGCUGUCAAACGUUAGAUGUGUGCAUGUGAACUUGUUGCACAUCAGAACAUAUUCGAAGUUUAUCUAUGUAACUUAUUCACUCUGUAAAUACAUUUAAAGUUUUGUGAUGUCAUCUUAAUUGAUAUUCUGUUCAGAAUUUUCUUUAGACUAAAAAAAAAAAAAAAGACAAAAUACAUGUUGACCAUGGAUUUUA